AUGCAAACGAUCAACAGCAUCUACGAGGUGAACACACCCAAAGUCCAACCAUCUCUGUUUCACGGACCGGCAGAUCCUCCCUUGGUGACAGUGACAUUAGGAGAAUUUCUAGAUGUCCAAUGCGAACGUUAUGGAGAGCGUGAAGCACUUGUCUUUCCAUGGACUGGGACACGAUGGACAUACAAUGACUUGACAGAAGAGAGCUCAAAGCUUGCCAGAUAUCUCUACUCAAGAGGUAUCCGUCCAGGAGAUCGGAUAGCUAUUCUUGCUGGUAACAGAGUUGAGUACGCCUCGGUCUUCUUCGCGUGUAUGCGUAUUGGCGCUGUGCUGGUCAUCUUGAACAAUACGUACACUACUCCUGAGGCAGAGUAUGCCCUCAGUUACACAGGUGAGCACUUGAUACGUCCCAUUCUGAAUACCACAUCGUUGACAGUUUGGCANGACUGCAGGAUCCUUUUCGCGACACCGACCAUUGGCAAACACAUCGACAAUUCGACCAUGCUUAGGCAGUUCUCCAAUAGCCCAGACAAGUUGCCAGCAUUACAGCAGAUUAUCAUUCUGGCAGAUGAGCUCGACAACCUAUUGCGUUAUAGGGACGCUAUCGAGAUCGGCUCACGCCUGCCCCAUGAUCCAGUCAAGACAACUCAGGAUGGUCUCUCGCCUUACGAGACAUGUAACCUGCAAUUCACGAGCGGCUCGACUGGUCAUCCCAAAGCAGCCAUGCUUACACACCACGGCCUGCUCAACAACUCCCGCUUCAUCGGUGAUCGCAUGAGUUUGACAGAAGAGGAUGUACUCUGCUGCCCACCGCCCAUGUUCCACUGCUUCGGUCUCGUACUAGGCAUGUUGGCUUGCUUGACACAUGGUGCAAAAAUUGUUUACCCCUCAGAGAUCUUCGACGGACCGGCUGUGUUGCAAGCCAUCACCAACGAAAGAUGCACCGCCAUUCACGGAGUGCCAGCCAUGUUUGAUACGCUGUUCAGCCUACCACGACCCGCAGGUUUCAACUGCGAUAGGCUACGAACAGGAAUCAUCGCAGGCGCCCCUGUACCACGUCACUUGAUGGAACUGCUAGUCAAUGAGUUCGGCAUGACAGAGUUCACAAGCAGCUAUGGUCUCACCGAGGCUUCGCCAACUUGCUUCAACGCCUUUGUCGACGACUCCAUUGAUCGUCGUCUCACGACAGUAGGCACCUUGAUGCCGCACGCCCACGCCAAGAUUGUUGACAAGCACAACCGUAUCGUGCCUGUUGGCACCCGUGGCGAACUCUGCAUUGCCGGAUAUCAACUCCAACAAGGCUACUUCCGCAAUCCUACAAAGACAGCCGAAGCCAUGGAGCGUGAUGCCGAUGGCGUACUUUGGCUACACACAGGCGAUGAAGCAGUGUUUGACCGUCACGGCUACUGCUCCAUCACCGGCCGCUUCAAGGAUAUCAUCAUUCGUGGCGGUGAGAACAUCUACCCACUUGAGAUCGAAGAACGCUUGAUCAAACACGAUGCAGUCGAGCGUGCUAUUGUUGUCGGUCUACCACACUCCAAAUAUGGUGAAGUGGUUGCUGCAUUCUUGCAACGUGUUGCUGGUGCUACCAAGCCCAGCGAUGAGGAAAUUCGUGAAUGGACCAGACAGACUUUGGGCAGACACAAAGCACCUGCUCGUGUCUUCUGGCUUGGUGAGGGUGGGGUCACGGAUCAGAUCCCCAUCACAGGCAGUGGCAAGAUCAAGAAGUUUGAGAUGAGGAAGAUUGGAAAGGAGCUAUUGGCUUCCAUGCCGAAGGCUAAGCUUUGA